AUGAUCCCUAUUCAGUCGCGGAUACGCGACAUGGCUCUGGCCAAGUCCAGUGUCGUGGCCCCCUUGGCCAGCACUGAUCCAGCACAAGUUAGCUUCUCAUGGAGUGGCAGUUCCUUCGAAUGCUCGCCUCUCUCCAACCCAUCAGCUCCUCCUCCUACGCCCACCGACUCUCUCCUCGACAUCCACCCUCGCAAGUCUUCUUUCUCUAGUGAAUAUGGUAUGGGCGCCGCCUGUGCCUUUCCCUCCUGGCCCAAGGGGACGUCUCUAUCUACGGAAGAGACUCACGACACCUUCACCAACGCCUAUCUCUCCGACGAAGACCUGCUCUGGAUGCCCGAGAACGCCGGUGCCGAGCCCCCGGAGCUGGAUGAGGAGGCCACCAAGACCCACGAGAUGGUCUCUUCCAUGACCAUGGAGCAACAGCUAGCACGCAUGCGAGCAGUUGCCGAGGAAGAAGAUCGCCUGCGCUUCCUGGCCAAGGUUGAGGCCCACGCCCGCGCAACCCAGGCUAUCCGACAGACCAAGUUGGCCAUGCACGACAACUCCUCCAGCACCAAGCGCAACAAGAAGCGUCGAGUCGUUCCAACCCCAAAGCGUCGCGCCCACUCGUCAUCGGCCAAAGUAUCAACCGUGACGCACUAA